UAUAAUGAAGAGAGAGCAGCUGAACAUGGGCGACAUCUUGUGAUUAGAAUUUUAUCAAAAGUACACUACAUGUAAAUACAUGCGCAAACUAGAGCUUGGAACACAAAAAUGGUGGGAAGGUUUUGUAAAGUAUUGAUUGGAUUGGUGUAUCUAAGAUUACUCCUAGAUGUGUGUACCGCUCAAGGAGUUUACAGUCGGUGCUAUGACACAGAAGGCCGGGCAAAGAGUUGCAUGCCUGGAUAUGAAAACGCUGCUUUCAAUGUCCCGGUGAAAGCAACAAAUACGUGUGGAGAAAAAAGUGUUUCAAAUGAAAACGGAGAACCAAUUGAGUAUUGUAAAAAGACGGGUUACACACAGAACACGUGUUCUAUAUGUAAUGCUAGUGAUGCAGGACUUUCACACCCAGCUACGAAUAUCAACGAUCUAGACAACUAUGUCACCAAGACAUGGUGGCAAUCCGAGACAAUGUUACAGGGAAAUGUACAAUAUCCCAGCAUGGUCAACAUCACACUCAAUCUAGGAAAAUCAUUCGACAUAACCGCUUUGAGAAUCAAGUUCAAGUCUAGUCGUCCAGAAAGUUUUGCCAUCUACAACCAGGAAACGGAAGAUGGUGACUGGAUCCCUUAUCAAUUUUACAGUGCUUCCUGUGAGGAAACAUAUGGAAAAAGCAAACAUACACACUGGAUUAUAUCUGGCGCGACAGAAGCAAUUUGCACCGAUAAAUAUUCUGAUAUCUCGCCAUCAACAGGGGGCAUUGUUAUGUUCAGUACUCUGGAAAAACGACCCGGUGCUCGUAAAUUCGAGGAAAGUGACGUCUUGCAGAAGUGGGUGACUGCUAGAGGUAUCAGAUUGGUCCUCAGCCGAAUCAACACAUGGGGAGAUGAAGUAUUUGGAGAACCACAGGUUUUGAAGUCCUAUUUCUAUGCCAUUUCUGACAUUUCUGUUGGUGGACGUUGUAAAUGUAAUGGGCAUGCCGGUAAGUGUGUUAAUAGUACAGAGCAGGGCCUUGAGGGGCAACUAGUUUGUAGUUGUGAACACAACACAACGGGGCCAGACUGUGGAGAGUGUCUCCCCUUCUACAACAACAAGCCAUGGAAGAGAGCAACUGACACAGAUGGCAACGCGUGUGAAGCAUGUAACUGUAAUGGCAAAUCCGACCGUUGCUAUUUUGAUCAAAGUCUCUUUGAGGCCAGUGGUGAAGGUGGCCAUUGCUUGAACUGCAGAGAGAACACAACUGGACCACAUUGUGAGAAUUGCAAGGAGAACUACUAUUUAAGUCAAGAAGGGCGCUGUGAAAACUGUGCUUGUAAUUCAACAGGUUCAGAAAAUCUACAGUGUGACAGAACAGGGCAGUGUCGCUGUAAACCUGGGGUAGAAGGCAAAAAAUGUGACCGUUGCUCGGCGAAUUACUAUGGAUUUAGCAGUACCGGCUGCAAGGAAUGUGCUUGCUUGCGCAAUGGCAGUCUCGACGUCGAGAAGCCCUGUCAUCCUGAUUUUGGAACCUGUCAUUGCGACGAAUUUGCUAACGGAACUGGUUCAAACGAUUGUAGGAAAAACAAUGAAUUGAAGAAGUUGCAAGCAUUCAAUUCAGCUAUUCAGGCUAUAUCUGAACAAUGUCGCCUCAUUCAGAGCAUCGGUGGGGAGGUAGGAGGAAUGGCAGUUUUGGGGUCCAAAUUUGUAUCAUUUGGCACGAACAAUGGGGAUAUAAGUAUUAAACCCCUAAAAGAUGCAUUUACACUUAAUUUAGCCACACUAAGUGAUUCAACAGCAUCCAAAAUCAAACGGAACUCAGAGAGUGACAGAAAAAAACUUGUUCGCAAAGUUCGAAAGGCCUUAAAUAGCAUUGUAAAAGGAGGCAAAUUUCCAUUUAAAGCUGUCAGGAAGGGAUCGUUUAAAGUUUUGAAUUGGCCAGUUGAUAUAGUUCAAGGUCGGAACCUAAAUAAGCUUAAUAUGCCUGCUCUCAGAAUAAUACUCCAAGCAGUUCCUAGAAUGAAAUUGCAGAGGAUGGCACCUUAGAGAGUGGAAAAGUUGAAGACAAAUAUGACUCCGGCAGUGACCCUGGGUACUAUCUUAAAACCACUGGACAUUUAUCAGUACCUAAAGGAAUUCUGACACUAGCACACAUAUUUCAUGCAUGUAUACGUACUUACCCAUUUUGAUAAUGCACUCACGCUUCACCUUUGUACAUUAUGUGUAAUAAGUUAUAUUCAAAUAAAGAAUGAUACAGGAUGAUCAAAUUAUUGGUAAAUAAUGAUGUAUAUAACUGUAUACUUACACUGAGAUAGAUACAUACAUUCUGACCAAUUCUAUCUUCAGCAUUAUUCAUUUCAUUGUGUAAUACUGACUUUCAUUUUGCUGAACAUGUCUUUAAGUUUGCACCAUUUUCCACAUAGCAAAAGUUCUGGCUUUUUUCCUUAUGAUUGGAGUACACUCGGGUAUUUCCUUUUCUUUGCAGGGUUUUGUAACAAUUCUUGGUUAUUUCCCUUUGGCACUGGUGUGUACAUAUCUGGAAACAUUA